AUGUCAGACCAAGACCUGAUAGUAACAAAGAAAGGCGAAGAGAAGAAGUCUGAUUUGGCGUUUGACGACGAACCUACAGGUGAAACUAUUCAAAAUGCAUUUUCUUCGAUUAUCAAGUACAUAUUCAUCAUCGCGGGCUCGUUAAUUAAUUCUGUUGCCAGAUGUCUAAUUCUUAACGUCAUAGUCCUAUUCGGUGUUAGAGAUAGAGUUAAAAAGUCCUUUGAUGAUGUUAUGAAUAUACAACUCAGCAUAAUCGAAAUUAUAAUAUUCGGUAAUAUUUUUCUUUUUCGUUUACUAUGUAAAAUAACUGGAACAAGAAUAAAGAAACCCGAUGAUUCUGAUGACAAAUAUGAUACCAGAGGAUAUUUGAAAUAUAGUGAAAUACAUCGCCAGUACUGGAGCCAUAUGGAUAUCACAUACAAAGAUGACGAGAAUGCUUACUCAGUUUCUACAAAUAUAAAACCAAUAACAAAAUUCCUUGAUAUAACGAACGACAAGACGCUUCCAGGUAACAACAUAAGACAAGAUAGCUCAUUCGAACCACAUACUAAUAAUGAGAAUUGUGAAAAUGAAUUGUCUACAACGGAUGGUGAAGUUCAUAAGAGGUACUUUUCAUUUUAUAGAAACAGAAAAAAAGUAGGAGAUUCACAAUCACUUGCAUCUUAA